GUCCGUUCAUCUACAGCCUGUCUUGUAGUGUUCUUCUAGCCAGGUCCUUAGAGGACUGCAUCUCUGCCACAGGUAAUAUACCAAGAUGGGAGGUGGGUGGCAGGGCAUUGGUGAUCAAAGACCAUCAAGAACAUUACGUUCCAGGAAAUACAAGCGGGUGUUCCAGGACUCUCAUCAAACGAAAAGACUGUUUACCCCAGAGAUUAAGAAAUUUCUUAAAGCAUGGCUUGUGAGAAGGAGAAAAAAUCCGUACCCAAAUCGGAGUGAAAAAAAGGAUUUAGCACUGAAAACAGGACUCACGUACACACAGAUAUGCAAUUGGUUCGCAAACUGGAGAAGGAAACUGAAAAAUUCUUGUAGAAGUAAAGAAGGCAGCUGGGGAAGAUUAAUUAAAGGAUAUAAUAAUCAGGCGAAGGGGAACGUGGAACAAUUUAGCAUUUCAUCAGAUGAUAGCAUUUGGGAAGAAACUGCAUUCUCAGCGGGUAAAUGUUUAAAUAUUUUUUCGAUAAAGUAAAAUCAUACAGGACCAUUAUAAAGUGGAUUCAAUAAGUACA